AAUCCUGAGCCUUCCUCUGCUCCACCAUCUGUCAUGAGUUCUCUGGGGGAAUCAUCUUGUCUUCUCUCUGUCUUCAGCUUCUUUUUCAACGUUUCCUGAGCAGAAGGGUCUGCUGUCUUUUGGGGAUCUGCACAUCGUGAUGGAGACGCCUCUUGAGAAGGCCCUGACCACUAUGGUCACCACUUUCCACAAAUAUUCGGGAAGAGAGGGUAGCAAACUGACCCUGAGCAGGAGGGAGCUGAAGGAGCUCAUCAAGAAGGAGCUAUGUCUUGGGGAGAAGAUGAAGGAGAGCAGCAUUGAUGACCUGAUGAAGAACCUGGACAAAAACAGUGACCAGGAGAUCGACUUCAAGGAGUACUCGGUGUUCCUGACCACGCUGUGCAUGGCUUACAACGACUUCUUCCUGGAGGACAGCAAGUGACUGGCUUCCCUCUCCCCUCACUGUCCUCCCCUUGCCCCUAGCCCCUGCAGCUCCUGUCACACAGGCUCUUCAACUCCCUGCCCUCCUUUCCCUCCCUGAUGGGCCUUUCCAGUAGAGGAAAUAAAGAUUUUCCAUCCAGGUGUUCA